AUGGCCACCGAUGCAAAGUCUCCACUAUAUACAGAAAGUGCUAGAUGCCCACAACAGGUCUCGCGGACAUGCCUCGAUUUUCAUCAAUAUGUUUUGGCCAUUGCACAUCGAAGCGAAGAGGGACUGGAUGGUGAGCAUCGAGCUGAUCAGGAUGCAGUUUUUGCAUUUGCUCGAGGACUUCCCGUACAGACACUCGCACGAUUUGUCAUUUCUCUCAUCACGACCGGGUUCAAAGGGGAUAUUGUGCUGGGGGUACUUCCCUGGAGGGAAUUGAGCCAAGAUGUGAAGAAUUCUUUGUCUUUUCAUGCCAACAAUUCACGGAACCCCUUUGCACUCUUACCAGCAGAGAUCCAAAGGGCAUUGUUUGUCUUUGAAGAAUACUCCAAUCCACCACUUCGUGACCAAGCCUACAAUCGGGAGUGGAUUCUUAUAACUCGGGGAGCCACCGUCGUGGAUCAGAUUGGCAACAAAACUGUGCUUUGUUCGGGAACCACUCUUGGCGGGAAGGUGGCUAUAGAGUCCUAUCUCCGCGCGAUGGUUCAAUCAUUUGACGAAACAGUUUGUACAAAGGUUGGCUGCGAUCAAGGCCAGCACAAUUACUUGAUUCAUUCAGGAAGGCCGAUGUCCGAAUCCACUCAAAUUGAUCGCAUUGAAUAUGGUAAACAGGGUGCAUCAUUGGUGAACACGCUUUGUCUGUUUGCUAGUCAACACCCUCCACUCAGAACAUUGGGUUUGGUGGACAACACUACCAACGAAGUCUUGAACCAUGAUGGCAGUGUAUCGGCAGUGGUCCAUCAGUUUGAUCGAGAACCUGAAAUCUUUGCCAUCUUUAAUAAGCGAGGAGAGGAGUUCUUCAAGGAUUGGGACGCGGCAUGGGUGUCAAGCAAACAUCCAUGAGCUACCUAGAGACCAUACAAUAUAAGCACAGGGAGACCAACUUAGCUUAUCUUUCUUUAAAAAGCGUCUUCAGGCCCUUUCAGGGUGAGGCUCUCAAGCCCCCAACAGCUGGAAAAGACUAGAUC